CAGGCGGCGAGCGCACUAUCCACUUGUCACUUGCCAACUGCCGCGCGCGCACCGACGCGUUCGAUUUUCAAACCGCCGCGCACGUGGGACCGAUACGAAAACUGUGGACAUUUUUGUGCGAACUGUGUAAUAAAUAGUGUGCUUGCUGGACCGUUGAGUUUUUUAUUGUUUUGGCUGGAAGAUUUAACGUUAAGGAUGCGGCUGAGGCGCGGGUUGGCUAUAGGCGUCCUACUCAUAUUACACAUGAGCGGGACACUUAGUGAUCAAUCAUCGAACGAGGGUGGCGGAGGCGGCGCGGGCGCAGAUACCAACAGCGCGGCGGAACCCAAUGCUGACCAAUUGGCUAUGGAGUCUUCCGAGAGGGAGACGCCAACUGACGCGUAUAACGGUCCUCCACCACCGGUCCCACCCCCGCAUAACAGAAGGCAGAACCCACCGCAUCAUCAGGCACAUCAUCCGUUAGGUAUGCCAAGGAUCCCCAACCACCACCCGGUUCAUUCCAAGCCCUUCGCUCUGGGACCUCCAGUCAGCCACCACAAGAAUGACAUCGGUCCUGGCUUCAGAGGACCACCUCCGCAACAAGCUCCUCCCACCGAUGUCCAGACUUCAGCCAGCGACAAAGUCUUCAGCACAGCUGGAGACGUUUGGCCCGCACCAGCACCUGACAUGCCCAAAAUCGUAUCUCUAGAUGUCAAGUGUGAAAAGAACGCCAUGAGAGUAUUCCUCAGUUUUGACAAACCCUUCUUCGGUAUCGUGUUCUCCAAAGGACACUACUCUAAUCAUCAAUGUGUCCAUUUACCUCCUAAUCUAGGAAGAACACAAGCGUCGUUUGAAAUCGGUGCCCAUGCUUGUGGAACCGCUGGCAGCGGGGACCCGAGGUAUAGAGGAGACGUCGCAGCCGCCGGAACUUACUUUGAAAAUGUCAUCGUGAUCCAAUAUGAUCCUCAAGUGCAGGAAGUUUGGGAUCAAGCAAGGAAACUGAGAUGUACAUGGCACGAUCAGUACGAAAAGGCUGUCACUUUCAGACCAUUCCCCGUCGAUAUGCUAGACGUAGUCCGAGCUGACUUUGCUGGUGAUAACGUUGGGUGCUGGAUGCAGAUACAAGUGGGCAAAGGCCCUUGGGCGUCAGAAGUAUCUGGCUUGGUGAAGAUUGGACAGACAAUGACUAUGGUUUUAGCAAUCAAAGACGACGAUGCAAAAUUCGACAUGUUGGUCAGGGAUUGUGUUGCUCACGACGGUCAACGCGCACCUAUACAAUUAGUCGAUAGGCGAGGCUGCGUAACCAGACCGAAACUAAUGUCACGAUUCACCAAGAUCAAGAACUUUGGGGCAAGCGCAUCUGUUCUUUCAUACGCGCACUUCCAAGCGUUUAAGUUCCCUGAUUCUAUGGAGGUUCACUUCCAGUGUACCAUUCAAAUUUGCAGAUACCGUUGCCCUGACCAAUGUUCUGAUGGCCAUAACGUCAUUGCUCCUCAUGCCGAAUAUGGACCUCCUCAGAUUGAUUCUUAUCCUGUCGGUGCCGAAGCAAGACGCGACGAGCGGCGAGUGAGAAGGCAACGCCGAGCGACGACUCCUGAGAAGGAAGUUGGAGUAAACAGAGUUAUUCGCGUAGUAUCCGCUGGAGAUCUAAACAUGGAUACUGCUGAAGAGAGCGCUCCUACUAAGAUUGUCCCAACUCCUGGUCUAGUCUGUAUGACAACUCCUGGCUUCGCAGCAACUUUGGGUGCUCUUCUUGCCACGCUGAUUUGUUCCUGUGCUGUUUCUAUUGUGCUUUUCUUGAAGUUAAGACCCAUCACGACCCUGAAGAAGAAAACGGCGGCAGUGACGACGAUACCUCGGCCGCAUCCGCCUCCCACCGCCCAUAUAAUCUCAAAGAGUCGGUUCUACUCGUAACAGCAUCUGUGUAACUUAAUUUUGUACAUAUUAGUGUGAUGUGACUGAAGUAUGUAGACCAUGCCAAUUAUUUAUUUGUGUGUUAAUAAGUGCUCAAUCAGGUUAUAAAUCCCGUGGAUUUCUAAUUUAUAUAUUCUCAUGUUAUUUAGUCUAACAAAAUCCCGUGAAGACGCUUCAGUUAAAUCGUAUUGUUUCCUAUUCAUAUUGGACUUCUUGCUUUUGAAAAGUUAUCUAAACGUCGAUUGAAAUUGUCAUGUUUGGUGUUGCAGUAAAGAACGAUGCAGCCAUAAAACGUGUUGAAGAACUAGUAGACAUGUAACAAACACAAACUUAGUAGGUAUUAAAUAUAAUAAGUACAAUCUUCUGUUACCUCUUUUCGAAUGCAAACUUCGGAAUAGGGGCAACAGAAAAUACAAAUACGUGGUAUAUCAACAUUUAGGUGAACCGCUAGUUAUAAUUUAAAAUAACUUGUCAUUAGUAUUAAUAUUAUUUAUUUUAGUUAAGUUAUCGAUGUAGUCACUGCUACGUGUAAUUUAUUUAUUUAUACCACCUGAGUACCUCUUAACUUUUCUCUGUUUUUAUUUAUUAGUUGAUUUCCUUCGCAUUUAUAAAAAGAAAGUUUAUUGAGCGUUACAGAACGUUAUAUUGUUAUAACUUAAACUUUAUCGAUGUUAAAUCAUACUGCAUUGUUAAGCUUGAGCCAUUUUUGUUAUCUACUGAAUCUUUGAAUCAAUGUUGUGAUUUGAA